AUGGAGGUUGAAAAUGAGAGAAGACGGAGAGAGCUGUAUGAUACAUUAGGGAUUAGAGACGAUGAUAGCUUGUUCGAUGAAAACUCUCUUAGCGAUGAACCUUCCAAUGGCGCACCUUCCCAUGGUUAUGACGAAGGCCCGGUUAAAGAAUCUCAGUCAGGCAGCGAUGGUCAAUGUUCAAAUGUUCAUGAGGAUGAAAUUCCUUACAAUGUGGAGGAAGGUCCAAAAACUGGGAUGCAUUUUCUAACUAUGGAUGAUUUGGUUAAUUUCUACAAGCAUCAUGCCAGAUUGAAAGGAUUUUCAAUUGUGAUAAGAUCGUCUCCUAAAGGCAACAGUUCAGUUCCCAAAUAUGUGCUAAUCACCUGUGACAAGGAAAGUAAACCAUAUAGUGGUAAAUCAACCAAGAGGGUGAAUUGUUCAGCGAGAAUAAAUGCUUCUUUGAAAGAAAAUGGCUUAUGGGUUGUUGGACGAGUCGUAACUGACCAUAUCCACCAAUUAGAUCCAUCUAUGUCAAGGUUUAUGACUCAUCACAGAGGUUUAUCUAAUGUUGUGAAAAGAUCAUUAGAGGCCAAUGAUAUAGCUGGAAUAAGGCCUUCUAAGAGCAUUAGAUUGCUAGAAGUACAAUUUUGGUGGUCCAAAAAAGAUGGGAUGUUUAGAAACAUGUUAUGGAUUCAUCCACAGGGUAGAGCUGCAUAUGAGAAAUUCCAUGAUAUUAUAUGCUUUAACACAACUUACCUUGUGAACCGAUAUCGGAUGCCUUUUUGCAAUAUUUCAAUGGUAGACAUUCAUCCCCAUGCGAUUCUCACUGAUCAAUGCGAAAGUAUCAGGGCUGCUAUCAGGGAAGUCAUGCCUGAAACAAGGCACAGAUUCUGCUUAUGGCAUAUACUUAGCAAAGUAUCAGAGAAGUUUAAGGGUGUGGAAGAUUUUACAAAAGCAACCAAUGAGUUUAAGGCUUUAAUAUUCGAUAGUCUAAUGAUUGAGAUGUUUGAAACAAAUUGGAAUAAUUUCUUGACGAACACAUUGAAGCAAUUCGUCGAACAAUAUGAGAUGGCCAUACGUGGGAAGAAUGAGAAGGAGUUGCUUUCAGAGUUCAUAUCGAAAAAUAGGGUUGUUAACUACAUAUCUCCAUUUGGAUGGGAAAGAAAAUUUCAACAUGCCUUCACUCAUGCAAUGUUCAAGUUGAUUCAAGAGCAGGUUAAGCGCUUGUGGUAUUGCGAUGUGAAUCCACCAAAUGAGGAUGAAGAGAGCAAUGAGCAUGGCACGGAGAGAUACAAUAUAUUGGAGGGGUGCAUAAUCAAUGAUUGGUACCACAAGGAGUUUGUCUACAGGGUUGAGCAUAGAGAAAAUGAGCAAUAUUUCAACUGCAAUUGCAAAAGUUUUGAUUCAAGUGGGAUACUUUGCUGCCACAUUUUGAAAGUGAUAGUUACAAAAGGCAUCGAGAAGAUGGAGUAUGUUAAGAGGCAACUUCGAGCUUU